CACCUGGCGCCGCCUCCGGAAGAGGGGACGCGGAGACCUCGGAGGUAGCCCGGGCGGCGACUGAUGCUGCAGAUGUCAUGAGCUCCCCAGAUGGGCCACGAUUCCGGUCAGGGCUGCUCUCCGGGGCUGCCUCCCCCAGUGGCGAGGAUGGCUUCUUCCCCUUUGUGCUGGAGCGAAGAGACUCAUUCCUGGGAGGGGGCCCAGGGCCCGAGGAGCCUGAGGACCUGGCCUUGCAGCUGCAGCAGAAGGAGAAAGACCUGUUGCUGGCGGCAGAACUAGGCAAGAUGCUUCUGGAGCGCAACGAGGAGCUGCGGAGGCAGCUGGAGACGCUGAGUGCCCAACAUGCUGAGCAGGAGGAACGGCUGCAGCAAGAGAACCAUGAGCUCCGCAGAGGCCUGGCAGCCCGGGGUGCUGAGUGGGAGGCCAGGGCUGUGGAGCUGGAGGGGGACGUGGAGGCGCUGAGGGCCCAGCUGGGAGAGCAGCGCUCAGAGCAACAGGACAGUGGCCGCCAGCGCGCACAAGCGCUCAGUGAGCUCAGUGAGCAGAACCUCCGGCUCAGCCAGCAGCUGGCCCAGGCCUCCCAGACUGAGCAGGAGCUCCAGAGAGAACUAGACGCCCUUCGGGGUCAGUGCCAGGCUCAGGCCCUGGCUGGGGCAGAGCUAAGAACACGGCUAGAGAGUCUGCAGGGGGAGAACCAGAUGCUGCAGAGCCGCCGGCAGGACCUGGAGGCACAGAUCCGAAGCCUGCGUGAGGAGGUGGACAAGGGCCAGGGCAGACUGCAGACUACUCAUGAGGAGUUGCUGCUGCUACGGAGGGAGAAGAAGGAGCACAGCCUCGAGCUGGAACGUGCUCGCUUUGAGGCUGGGGAAGUGCUGAGCGCCCUGCGGAGGCUGCAGCGGCGCGUCUUGGAGCUGGAAGAGGAGUCACGCCUUCAGGACGCCAACGUCUCUAGUGCCUCACUGCAAUCGGAGUUGGCCCACAGCCUCGAAGGCCACCAGUACGAGGACAAGGACACCAGUGUAUGUGGAGACACCCAGAUCACCCCAUCCCUGGAGACCCAAGAGGCAUCCAGACCCCCAUCUUCACCCCAGGAGGAGAGCUUGGAGCCCCCUAAGAAGCGAGCACCUCUAAGCCCAGUGGAGAUACUAGAAGAGAAGGAAGAGGAAGUGGCUAGGCUGCAAGAUGAGAUCACACUGCAGCGGGAAGAGCUGCAGACCUUGAGGGAGGAGUUGCAAAGGCAGAAGGAGCUGCGGGCAGAGGGCAAUCCCGCGGAGGCCCUAAACUGCGCCCUCCUGGACCGUGACGAGGCUGUGAACAAGGCCGUGGAACUGUCCCUGGAGCUCAGCCGCGUUUCGCUGGAGAGGGACUCCCUGUCCCGGGAGCUGCUGCGCACCAUCCGCCAGAAGGUGGCGCUGACGCAGGAGCUGGAGGCCUGGCAGGACGACAUGCAGGUGGUGAUCGGGCAGCAGCUGCGCUCACAGCGCCAGAACGAGUUGAGCGCGGCAGCAUCGACCCCACGCCGCUCCACAGCACGCUUCUCACUGCGCCUGGGCCCCGGGCCUGCCGGCGGCUUCCUCAGCAACCUUUUCCGAAGGACCUGAGGGCUGGGCCGAGGCGACCACCCUUGACUCACUCUGGGGCAUACUUUCCUCUAAGGGCCAAUGGAGCGACAGGGCCUGGAUGUCUUCCAAGUGGGGUUGGUGCCCUCUUCACCCCAGGAGGCUAGACAGGGGCUCUAUGGGAGUAGGGGCAGCUUCGGGGCUAGAGACCCCAGGUGGGUGGCGGGGGGCAGGUGCAACAGAGCUUCUAUUUUCGCAAUCUGUAUAGGUCUAUCAUUUCUAAGCGCUAGGCUCCCUGAGUCUCUGGCUGCUCCAGGGCAGGGGUGGGUGUGGGUAUUUAUGUAUCAAGAACAGACAGAGUAAUAUAUAAACCACUAGAUGGA